UUUCCCUUUACUGUCCCUCCACCCUCUCCUCUCCUUUCCCGGCGAGCACCUCUUCCCCCCUCACCCCGCGGCCGGAAAAGUUAAAAAAGAGAAGGGUUUUCCUCUCUGCAAUUUCCGACUCCGAGCAGCACCCAUGAAGUUCGGCAAGAGCCUCAGCAACCAGAUCGAGGAGACGUUGCCCGAGUGGCGCGACAAGUUCCUGUCCUACAAGGACCUCAAGAAGAAGCUCAAGUCCAUCGACCCUAGGGCCGCCGCCGAGAGGCCAGCCAAGCGCCCCAGGAGCGACCCCGACCGUGCGGACGCCGGGAACAGGGACGGGAUAACCGAGGAGGAGAUUCAGUUCAUCAGGCUGUUGGAGGACGAGAUGGAGAAGUUCAACUCUUUCUUCGUCGAGAAGGAGGAGGAGUACAUCAUCCGAAUGAAGAUAUUACAAGAUGGGAUUGCGAAGGCAAAAGAUUCCAAUGAAGAGAUGCUGAAGAUUAAGAAAGAGAUUGUGGACUUUCACGGAGAGAUGGUCUUGUUGGAGAACUAUAGUGCCCUCAACUAUACAGGGCUUGUUAAAAUUCUCAAGAAGUACGAUAAAAGGACUGGAGCUCUGAUCCGCUUGCCCUUCAUACAGAGGGUGUUACAGCAGCCCUUCUUCACCACCGACCUGCUCUACAAGCUUGUGAAGGGGUGCGAGGUGUUGCUAGAUGGACUCUUCCCCAAGCACGAGCCCAAAGAGGACCCAUCUUUUUUGGACCAGACAAAAGCAGAUUGUCCUCACAAUGUGGAGGAUGAGGGUUCGCAGCCUAGUACUUCCACCACCACCACCACCACCACCUCCUCCUCCUCUUCUAAAGAUUCAUCUGUUCCCCUCAGAGCGCCCAAUGAACUUGCAGAGAUAGAGCACAUGGAGAGCUUAUAUAUGAAGAGCACAAUCUCGGCACUUAGAGCUCUGAAGGAGAUUAGGAGUGGCAGCUCAACUGUUAGCGUGUUCUCGCUGCCCCCGCUUCAUACAAGCGGGUUGGAAGAGACGUGGAAGAAGAUCCCGAUUCUGGAGCAAGCAGCAAAGUAGCAUCUUUCUUGUUUUAGUUAGUUUUCCCUACUUGUGGGGUUAUCGUAUUUCAUGAUUAAUGUAUGUGAUAUAUAUAAUACAUGCCCCUAUGUAUGUAAAGCGAGAGAUUAUUUGCAAUCCUCCUCACAAGACCAGUUAGAAUGCCAGAUUAUAAAGCCUGCCCACUUUGCAUUACUUAUAUAUGUAUGAAUAAUGCAGACUAUCUGUCAGUAAUCAGUAUAGGAGAAGAUCACUGAUCUUUCUCGAAAUCUUUCUGAUCUAAA